GUAGGACAACCUCCGUAUCAAGAAGCACGAGAUACUGUACUCUCGCGCGACAGUCAUUGACUCUGGGUCUUGGUCUUGCUACAAGUGGGAGUCGUAUCAGUGUUCCUCAUGAGUAAGAUGGCCAGCAACUCGGUGGUGUAUUCCGCGAUCGCGAGUUCAGGGGAAGACGUUUGGGUCGGGAACCCGGGUUGGAGAGCAGGAUCCAGUCAGUCGGGAUCACGUGCGAGUUCCAGCAGCGACACGGAGGGCAUCGGGGCGGACAGCGGGAUCGAGAACGAGCACGCACCGCUGUCACCGAAAGUUUCCGACGGCUCCGGGGAACUUUCAGCAAAUGAAUCGUCUUCUUCCGCUUCCGAUCAACGCAGCAACGAUGUUGCUGUGCGGUGUGGCCCAGGACGGCUACCCCGCGGCUGCAACCCCUGCGGGCUUCGGGCUCCUGGUGCCGACCCCUUCGCGAACCCCUGCAUUCUGACUUGGAGCCUCAGUCUAGGGUCUGCCUUCGAUCCCCGAGGACCACCGCGUUUUACCAGUGACACGCACAUUCAACUCGGUCGGACGAAAGAGGCACGUUCGAAAUGGGAAUCCUGA